AGAAACAAGUGAGAUAACAAUUCUAAAGUGCUUAGUACUGUGCUUGGUUCGUAGAAAACAGUUUUAGGUUAGCAAUUACUUUCCGACUAUUAAUGAAGCCCAAAUUUACAAAGGCGAGACGUUACCAACGUCCGUAAAACUGGCAUUUUCUUGUUUGACAAACCCCUAAAGCCCAAACGUGAUUUUCUGGUCCACUGGCGUGUUACGUUGCAAUAUAUUGGAGGUUGGGAGCAGCUCAAGGGAGGAGUCUAGGAGAAGGACCCGUCUAUCCGGGGCAAGCGUGCACUCUAUCCUCCGCCCGCGAGGGGGCUGCAGUCUAGGUGUCUCUUUCCUCUUUCUUCCUCUGAGACAGCUGCUGUCCUCCUCCCUUUAGGAGGGCUGCAUCCAGGACUUCCGGGUUCUGCACAGUUCCGCCCCUCUCCUUUCCUCGGACCUGGUACUUCCAGGGCUCUGAGCACCUGUUCCUAAUAUCGCAGUGGGCCAGAGGGUUGGUCAUGUCUGCGGCAGGGGCAGCUGCGACCCGUGGCCUUAAACCCACGGCUCCCUACAUACCCCCUGCCGGGGAUGGCCCCGGCAGCCGAGUGAGCUUCCUGGGCCCCCGACCCCCGGCUGCGGUGGAGGCCAUGGUUCGGGAGGUGCGAGGCUUGGACAAGGAUUUAUUCCGGCAGCUGCUAAAGGUGGUGGUUAGCGCCCUGCAGGGCGAGGACUGUCGGGAGGCCACCCGGCGCCUGGUGGACUCGUCGCCAUUGUCAGAGUCGCAGUUUGGAGUCCUAGUCGCUGGCAUGUAUGCGCUGCUCCGGGAGGCCCUUCGGCUGCCUGCGUCUGCCCUCAAGCCAGACGCCUUUAGGGAGGACCUCCAGCAGCUCCAGGUGCCCGACGAGUUUCUGGCGGAUUUUGCCACUGUUAUCUUCGGCAGCCGGCGCCCCGACCUGGAAGGGCUUGCUCGCGAGCAGGGCGCUCGCCUCCCCACGGUGGAAGACUUCAGGUGGAGGGUGGACGUGGCCAUCUCCACCAGCUCGCUGGCCCGUUCCCUGCAGCCGUCCAUCCUGAUGCAGCUGAAGCUCUCUGAUGGGAAGGCCCAUCGCUUUGAAGUGCCUGUUGCCAAGUUUCAAGAACUAAGGUACAACGUGGCCUUGAUCCUGAAAGAAAUGAAUGACCUAGAAAAGAGAUGCAGUCUUAAAAUCCAGGACUAAUGCUCGCUUGUCGGUGGAUUAAGUUCAGCAACUCCCCAAGAAGCCUGCUCUGUGAUAAUGAAGGAACCUAGAAUCAUGAAACAUGUCUCCCAAACUCUGUGCCGUUUCUCUUACUUUGCUGUAAAUAUUUUUCAAUUAAAAAUACUGAUUGAGAAAAAGAACAGUAAGUUAGGAUUUUUUUCUUCCUCAAAAAAAUUCUAAUGUAAAAGAUGACAGUUUAUGCCUGAAAUCGGUUUUAUAUGAUUUGUGAGGAAACAAUUUUAAAUAACUAAUAAAGACAGAAGACUUUAUAGAAAAAAAAAA